GUGAAGUUUAUUAAUGUUUGGGUCUUCCAGCUGAAACGUUGUGGGGUCGUUGAUUGGGGGGCUUCAGGUGGGCCUAUCACCGACCUGAGAAAAUACCUUAAAUUCACACCUUGAAUCCACUCCUCCUUGUCCUCCUCCUCCUCUUCCUCCUGUUGGUGGAGCGGCCCCUUAAAUCCGUCACUCCGCUUCACCGUAAGGAUGACAGUGGCCUGCCGCCAAGCCGAAGCAUCAGUGUCAUCGAUUCCAACAUGCGUUUCAGCCACGACCUCGCUCACCUCCAGCCCCGCGCAAACAUGUUCGAAAGCGAGGAGCCAGGGGCCGCCGAGCGGGAACAGAUGAGCGACUUGCGCUCGCCGGGUUCAAGGCCCUCCAGCCCCAUGUCUGUGAACUCGGACUCCAGCUGCAACAGUCCCGAACCCAAGUCUGCCUCGACGCAGAGGGUCAGGAGACCCCUGAACGCGUUCAUCAUUUGGACCAAAGAGGAGCGCAGGAGGCUGGCGCAGCUCAACCCAGACCUAGAGAACACGGACCUGAGCAAAAUCCUUGGAAAAACCUGGAAGGCCAUGUCCUUGGCAGAGAAGCGUCCAUACAUGCAGGAGGCUGAACGACUUCGGGUGCAGCACACCAUUGACUACCCCAACUACAAAUACAGGCCUCGUCGGAGGAAGCAGCUGAAGAAGGGCGCCAAAGCUCAAACAUCAGAAGCUUCUUCAGGCUUCGGCAUUCCCUACAACCUCACCUACCUGCUCCAGAACCAGCAGCAAAAUGCACCUUCCUUCUCUCACGUGCCCAUGCAUGGCGCCUAUACAGACCCCACACAUUUCCCAAGAUCAGCAUCAGAAACAGAGGCUUUCUGUAACAUCCCUGCCAUGCACUCAACCCCGCCUAUCCUGAGGACAGAGCAUCAGAUGUACUUUGGCUCCCAGCAAGAGCAGUUUGGUUUCCACAGCUCUGCAGGUCCUCGCGCUGAGCAGGGGGAGUCCCAAGUCUGUGGGCUCUCACAGCACCCUGGGGGCCCCUCCCUGGAGCUUUACUUAGAGCAGGUUCAACUGGACAUGUUGUAUGAUCUGGACCGCAGCGAGUUUGAACAGUACUUGGGCCCAGCUCCUCACAAACCGGAGUCAGGAAGUCCCAGCAGCAACAAAGAAACAAAUUCAGUGUCAUAAAUCUCAUUAGCUUAGUGUAGUUUUUUUAUUAUUCCAUUAUGUCACCUCAUAACAUGUUGGGAAUUUUAUAUUUUUGUUUGUGAUAUUGAGUUGAGUGUGUUGUUUUUCUGUCAUAAUCAAUGAUAUCAAUAAAUAUUUCUAACUUAACAUCAGAUUCCCUUUUUUUUAAAUUGAUAAUCAAAACUCAGUUUUAGCAAAAUAUAUUGAAAAGAAAAUAUCCAAGUUAAUGCAGCAAAAUGAUACGACAG